CAUUCGGAUUAGAGUCAGAACAAAUUGAUUCCAUUAUUUUUUUUUGUUUUGUGUCUGUCUAAAAUUAUACUCAAUUAUUAUUGUGAUGGAACAAUUAUUGUAUUACCCUACGUGAUUUUGGUAUAAAUACGAUUGACAAAUUUGUUUGAUAUAUCAGUUGUUAAAUUGAACUACUCCAAACAAUACCAAAUAAAUAUGAAGUUCUUUAUUGUUGUAAUCCUGGUUGCUAUCUGUGGCUCAGUCUGGUGUGGAGAAAACGAUUGGGAGGAUAAUUUGAAACAAUGUGCUGAUAAAAAUAAAGUGAAGCUUGAGGAACUAAAAGAUGCACUUAAUAGCAAAAUAAAAGAAGCUGAUGUGACUAAUGACAUGAAAUGUGCCUUUUUGUGUGCGGCUGAAAAGGAAAAAAUAAUCCAAAAUGGCGCCUUUCAACCACAAGUUUAUGCUGAAGCUGUAGCAGCAACUGCCGAUAAGGAUCAAGUAGCAAAAAUUACAACUGAAUGUAAUGUAAGGGGAAAAGAUGAUUGUGAAACUGCUUAUAAAGUGGGAGUUUGCAUUGCUAAAUUCCAUAAUAAAUAAAAGUGAACAACAUGUAAUGAAUAUUUAAUAGAA